AUUGUCUUGUCAUUAUAAGGUUAUUGGCACGAGGAUCGAAAUCAAGAUGGCGGCGCCCAUGAGACAACUACCCCAAAAGAAGUUUUAUCGGCAGAGGGCUCAUUCUAAUCCGAUGUCAGAUCAUACUUUCGAAUAUCCUUUGAAGCCAUCUGAAAUGGACUGGAGUCAGUACUACCCAUCUUCUCUCAUUGAUGCCAAGCACAAAGUAGAAUUCCUGGAUGUUGGAUGUGGAUAUGGUGGUUUGUUGGUGGCCCUUUCACCACUUUACCCAGACCAUCUAAUGUUGGGAAUGGAGAUACGUAUCAAGGUGUCAGAUUAUGUACAGCAACGUAUUGAAGCGUUGAGACAAAAUCAUCCAGAUUCCUACUCCAAUAUUGCGUGUAUUCGCUGCAACGCCAUGAAACAUCUCCCAAACUUCUUUGAGAAAGGACAGCUGAAGAAACUAUUCUUCCUAUUUCCUGACCCUCACUUCAAGAAGACCAAACACAAAUGGAGAAUCAUAAGCCCAACUCUUCUUGCAGAAUAUGCUUAUGUUCUAGGAGAAGGGGGUCUGGUGUAUACUAUUACUGAUGUGAAGGAGAUACAUGAGUGGAUGGCCCGUCACUUUGAGGAGCAUCCUUUGUUCAAGAGAUUAUCAGAUCAAGAGAUGAAUAUGGACCCAAUUGUCAAGGCACUCUACGAGAGUACCGAAGAAGGUCAGAAGGUGACAAGAAACAGUGGAGAGAAAUUCCCUGCCGUCUUCAGGCGGAUUCCUGACCCCUGGACUGCAGCUACUACAUAGCAGGAGAUGUGAAAUGCUUUAAAGAAGACUUUUAUUGAAGCCAUUUGGCUGAUAA